AUGGGCGUGCUGCCGCCCCGCUCGGCGCACGCGCUGCCGGAGCCGCUCGCGCAGCUGAUGACCGACCCGGGCUUCGAGAUCGCAGACUUCUACCCCGAGGACUUCGCGCUCGACCUCAACGGCAAGAAGCGCGGCUCGUCGACGCCAUGGGAGAGCGCUUGCGCAAGCUCUCCGAGGACGAGCGCCGGCCGCAACUCGGUCGGCGAGCCCGUCCUCUUCCUCUCGGACGCGCACCCGCUCUGCGCGCCGCUCGUGGGUUCCUACGGCCCGCCGCCCGCCCCCCUCGUCCUCACGUCGUGCACGGAGCACUCGGCGUCGGUCGCUGGCACGCUGACACCGCUGCCCGGCGCGCCGCUGCCGGGCGGCUUGUGCGAGCCGCCCCCCUUCCGCGGCAUCGAGGUCGCGCUGCGCCCCUUCACCACGAGCGCCGCCGGAACAACCUUCACCCUGCCGCCGCCGGCCAAGCACGUGCCGCAGCUGCUGCCGGGCCUCGUGCCUCCCUCGCCGCUCCUCGGCGCGUGCGACGCGCCGUGCGAGUCGAAGCGCUACCUCCUCGCGGGUGGGGUCGAGGUUGACGACCGCACCAAGACGUGGUGCGUACGCGACGCGCGGCUGGCGGCGGGCCCGGGCGGCUCGAGCGACGCCAACCGGAGCGCCGCGGACUUGCUACGGCAGCAACUGAUGCGUCGCUGA